AUGGAGGUUUAUGCGGCAAUGGUUGAUCUUAUCGAUAUGAACAUCGGCCGCCUGGCUAUUCAGAUAUACAAUGACACGGACAUUGUUGGCUGGGAGCAGCUUGGAAUAGCGGCAGUUAGAGUGGGAGAAUGGAAAGCACUAUUCCUCCCUCCUCCUAAAGGUCCUGGCAAAUGGGAGCUCUACGACUUAUCUAAGGACCUUGACGAAGUCCAUGACCUAGCAGAAAGCCACCCGGAGAAGCUGGAAGAGAUGCUUCAUCGUUACGAGACGUACUUCCAAGAGACUGUAAUGUUCGAUUCGUACACUAUGUAUCAGGAGGCGUUGAAGCAAAGGAAAGCGGAGAAAAUGAGAGUGGAAGUGGACACUGAUCAUACUCCAUAUGUGUCAACCAUACGCCAGAGUCUGGCUUUCAUACAGGAAAAGUUUCACAGCCUUCUAAAAGGAUACUGGGGCAAGGAGUAG